AUGAACUCUGAGGACUGGCGUGCCCGGGUGCGCGGCCUCGAGCGCAUAGCAUCGGCCCUACGCCAAGCCACGGCGCUGUCGAGCGUCGAACCCAGGCUGGGUUCUCUGCUCCACGCCGUUCUGGCGGGCGAGCGCAGCUGUCGGGUGGCCGCCGCGGGUCUGGCCGUGGCCCGGGUGCUGCUGCAGGGAUGCUCGGAGCAGGCCCUUCGUGACAGGCUACCCCUCAUCGCCUGGGGCCUGGCCAGGCACGGCGGACCACAGGCGGCCCAGUUGGCCAGGCUCACCAUGCUGAGGACCAGUCCAGGACUAUUUCUCGAGGCGCUGCUGCAGCCACACUGCAUCGACGCCCGCAAUGCCAAGAUGCGAGAAAAUACGUUGCAGCUGCUGAUCUUUUCGCUGGUGACGUUUCCGAGCACGGAAUUCAAGGUGAAGACGGCCAUCGAGAGAGUCGUCGCCAUGGUCGACGAUCGACGCAAACGCGUGCGUCACUCGGCUCUCGAUACGCUCGCCGUUCUCUCGCAAAUUUACGACAGCGAGAACAUCUUGGAAGUGAGCAAACGCUUCACCGCCGACAAACCCGAGGGCCCGGAGAUUCACGCCGCUAUCAAGACGCGACUGUCGCGGAAACUUUUGCCCACGGUAUCGGCCGACGGCCUCGUCGUUUACGGCCUGCAGAUAUCCUCGAACAUACAUCACAGUGGGCCCGACGUCGACUGGAUCACGGCGGGCAGCGGCUCGGUGUCGCCCGGCACCGGACGAACCCGCGGACAGCUGAUCGCCAAGUCAAAAAUUGAAAAUAAUGAUCAACAGCAGCAACAGCAACAGCAGCUGCAGAACAGCGGUGACGCCAACAGUGACGCAACGAAGAAGCGCAAAAUACGACCGGUCAGCGAGCACAGCGUAUCCAGUGGGACCAUAAAUUUACUCCUAGACAAGAACGAGAGGACCGCCUCGUGGCAAUUUUUACCGCAGUUAGAUGACAACAAUAGGCAGAGUCAUCAUCCAGAGUCAAGGCUAAGAAAGAAUGAUCGUGUCACCAAAUCGGCUGACUCGCUAAAAGUGAGCAAAUUAGACUUGCAGGAUCGCGGUCGAGUCGAUCUCUAUGAAAAAGACAAACUCCAGCGUCCAUAUGCGACGCCGACGAGAUCCGAUCGGCAGCAGCAGCAGCAGCAGCAGACGAGCGACAAUAACAACAAAAUCCAAAGGUUCAAAAGGAGCGACAACGAUUUAGCGGCAGCCGAUCGUGGGAGCCUCUUGGGCAGCAGCAGUGGUGGUGGCAGUACUACUACUACAACUACUGGCAGAGGUGGUACUGCAUCGUCGUCGGUGCAGAUCGGCAACGGCAACAGAUCCACGCAAGAGUCUCGUAUUCCGGUAUACACGCGCGACCGAGCAACAGCCAAGUUUCCCGCGGUAAACGAGACGAGCAGCAGCAACGCAGUACAGACGACGACGAACCCCAAUGCCAAGAUGUCGCAGCAGCAGCAUCAUCGUUUCAAGGAUAAUUCCAAACUCGAGCACAGCGAGAGCAAUGGAUACUUUAGUAUGCAGCAGCGCAGGACUAUACAGUCGGUGAGAAGUGCCGCUAUGCCGAGGACAAAUUUCACGGUCAAUCACAACCGAGAUUUCGGAUACACACAAUUCGUCAAAUCGAUCAGAGCCAUGGAUGCAGAGAUACAGGCAAAAUUCAAGGACGACUUCGAGGAGCCGCAGGAUAUCGACGAGGUCGACUUUGGCAGUCGUCGACAGAGCGUCGUCAAGCACUCGAGGCACGGCUCGAGGAGCGUACCGGUGACUCAUUAUCAUGAGCAACAGCAGCAGCACUACUCGAACGUCAAAGAUACUUUUGAGUCGAUUUAUCAACGGCAAAGUCGCUACAAAACGGAGAAAAGUAUGAGAAUUCACGAGACGUCGCCGAGCCCUGCGCUUUACGGAUACGAGAGUUUCAGCGCUUUACAAAAGUACCAAAUAAAACAGGACGAAAAUUCCAGAGACAUCCGUAGCGAUUUGAAACAGAAGCGGAACAUUUACUCGUCGUCGGUCGAUGAUCAAUCCUCGUCCGUGGACGACUCUUCCACGACAGACAAGGAAGGACUCGACGACAAAUCGAAGGAGCCCAGCCAAGCGGAUUCCGGGCGCACGAUCAGCGUCAGCCGAUCGACGAAUCACAGCAACUCGUCGCCGCAACGCAACGACGAUGAGGACACCAGAAGCAACCACAGCAGCAGCGGUGGCAGUAGCAGCGGUUCGGUUAACAAUAGCGCUCGGCGAGUCCUGAAAAACCGUCGAUCUCCUUCCUUGGCCGCUCACACGGAGAGCGACGAGUCCUCUUCCAAUGCCGUCAACAACAAUAACGAUCAUCAUCGCGCCGACAACAAUAAUCAAAGCGACGAGUCGACGGCGACAACGGCGACGAUCGUCGAGCAGCCUCUCGCCUCGAAUCAUCAUCAUCGCGAAUCGCCCGACUCCGACAAGGCCUUCGAUGUCAUAUCGUCCACGACCUCAGAAGUCAAAGAUAAUAAACCACCAGUCCACAGGGAGCACGUUAUCAAUAUCGAAAAAACAAACGACGUGCCGCAUGAGGAGCAGGAAAAGACGACUUGCCCAGAGGAGGCAGUGCCACCGAGUACAGUGUCGGACUCGUCACUCACGUCGACAGUUCAAAGCGUCGUCGAUUCGGACUCGAACUCGAGCGAGAUGACCUCGAAGCCUUCUAUGCCCGCCGUCGAGUGCGUCUUUGGUAGCGUCGAGGAAGAGGAGGAGGAGGAGGAGGAGGAAGAAUUCCAUCAGGCGACCGAUGCGAAAAAUAUUCCACCUAGCACCGACUCCAACGUCAGCGUGUAUAGCUGCGAAAGUGCGUCGCCGAAAUUAAGCAGUCCCAAGAGCCAAGCCGAUCAGCCGGAACCGGUCGUCCAGUACCCAGAGUCGGACGAGGCCUCCUCCGAGCCGCCUCCGGUACCGAUUGGUUUCGACGGUCCUCUGGCCGAGCGCAGUGACAGCAGCAGCGAGGAGGAGGACGACGACGAUGAGAGCGAGAGCGAGGAAGACGACGACGAGGAUGAUUUCGAGGACGAGGGAGAAGACGAGGUGGACAACGUCGGCUUCGUGCCUCAGUCUCGCCAAGCGACUCCGAUCGACGUGCCGCGACGCCUGGCCAAAGUCUCGCCCUGCAAGAUGCGCCCCGACGCCAGCUGCCACCGAUCCAGAUCCGUCAACGGCCGACCGGCGCACAACGAGACGAAGCAGCACCACGACAGCAAGCCCACCAAGGCCCUCCAAGCCUGCUUCAAUCAACUUGAGAACAAGGACUGGGAGGUGACGCUCAAGGGCCUCCGGGCCCUCGGCCAGAUCGCCCGCGACGAGCCCGAGCAGCUGGACGCCUGUCCGCCCGGUAUGCUGGCCCGUCUCCUCGGCAAGCAGAUCAAGAAUCUGAGGUCGCAGGUGGCCCGAGUGGCCUGCUCCACGGCGAGUCUGGUGUUCGGGGCGCACGUGCGCGGCAUCGAGCAGGACCUCGACGAGAUCGCCGCGCCGCUGCUGCACCGCACCGCCGACACGAAUCGCUUCCUGCGCGAGGACUGCAACUGCGCCCUCGACGCCAUGGUCGAUCACUUCCCGCCCCAGAAGACCAUACUGACGGUGGCCAAUCGCGGAGCUAGCCAUCAGAACACGAUCGUGCACGCGACGACGGCUCGACUGAUCUGCCUGAUCGUUUCGGAGAUCGGCGCCGAGAACGCGAUGCUGCUUCCUCGCGAGGUGCGCGACAAGCUCUUCGCCACCAACGCCAAAUUGCUGACCGACGGUAAUCUCCAAGCCAGAAAACACGCGAAAGAGACGUUCCGACUCUUGUUCCACUGCGAGGGAUUCCAGAAGGCGCUGACCGACGCCGUACCCGAGAGCACUCUCCGUCUCAUCGACAAGACCCUCAAAUCCCUUUGAAGCGCAGAUCAGUCUGUACAUAAAGUGUUAUAGUGUGACGAUGCGGCGGGUAGAAGCCUGUGUGAGUGUGCAUGAUGUGCAGAGGAGCGACCGUAACGAGCCAACGAAUUGAUCCUAAUAUAUAACAUAAACGUAUAUUUCGUGUAUUAUGAGACAGAUUGGAAGUAUAUCAUCGUUUUCCCCAUGUGUGACACAUUGCAUUAUUAUAUAGUUAAAAUCUUUUGUAAAAUUCAGUAUACGACUAUGAUGAAUGGAUAUUUAUAUAUUAUAUAUCGAAUGAAGAGACUCACGAGUGGGAUAGCCUUUUUUACCUUACAUAUUAUAUAUAUUAUAUAUUCGUUGUUUUCGUGAGAAUUAUUUGUACUACUGCGAGGACAUUUAUCCAUGUAUAUGACAUAUUUAAUAAAUAUCAUGACGUAAACGAUUAGCUCCGUUUUUUAUACUGACUUGUACAAAAGAGACACGAAUAGAAAAAAAAACAAAGUAAUGGCAGUGCCUUUCUGUUCCACGUUUAACAUAGUCUAUUAUAUAAAAAUUAGUAUGAUCUUAUUAUUCUAACGAAGCUUUUAUCAAUUUGUAACGAUUGCCUCGAUGAAAAUCAUUGAUUACGUAUUGUGUACAUUGUAACACGAAAAAAAAACAGUUCGAUUGUUGAUAGAUCAUAUGCGCUCUGAAACUCAUUGUGGUAUACGACGUAUUAUAAAAAAUUUUGUUGUGUUUUAUUAACAUAGGAUAGGAAUAUAUAUUAUAUUGAACGCAGGUCGAGUUCAUUGGCUUAUUGAUUUUUGAGUUAUACGUGACACUUGCCACGAUUACGAUAUAGGGAAAUUCAUUUGACAGCUUCAUUCGAAACCAUAUUAUUGUUACAUAAAUAAAGCGUGCAAUUAGAUAUAAACAAAACUUGAAAUAAAAAAAAAUAUCAUCGACUGUCAAACUACUUCGAUAGAAUCAUCGGCAUUAUCGUAGAUAAAAUUA